AUGAGCUCAUCAGAGAAGGAAGAAAAUGAGAGAGCUCAAGCUGGCGGAAAUCAUCAAAGUGUUCAGAAAAUUGAAACGUGGAAAAUGAAAUCGGCUGAUGGUUUGAUUGAUGCUAGAAAUUCGUUGAAAUCUGAGACUGUGAAGACGGAUGAUUUGGAGAAAGCAAUGGAAAAUUUAAUUGAGAGAAAUACGGUCGAGGAUUUUGAAAUGGUACGGAGCUAGAAACUUAACAAGAAAAAAUAGCCCAUCUGGUCCAAUUUCCUAAAAAAAAAAAAUAAGAUUUCAUAGAUCGAAAAUUUGACAAAUACACUUUUGACUCGCCUUGAUGGAAUUGAGAAUUGGUUAUUGAAUCUGAACGAAUUGUUUGAACAAACUCAAAUGUCUACAAAUAUCAAUUAG